AUGUGGGCCCGACUCACCAUCAGGAACGUGACCAUGUGGGCCAGACUCACCAUCAGGAACGUGACCAUGUGGGCCCGACUCACCAUCAGGAGCUUGACCAUGUGGGCCCGACUCAUCAUCAGGAACGUGACCAUGUGGGCCCGACUCAUCAUCAGGAGCUUGACCAUGUGGGCCCGACUCAUCAUCAGGAACGUGACCAUGUGGGCCCGACUCACCAUCAGGAGCUUGACCAUGUGGGCCCGACUCAUCAUCAGGAACGUGACCAUGUGGGCCCGACUCACCAUCAGGAACGUGACCAUGUGGGCCAGACUCACCAUCAGGUACGUGACCAUGUGGGCCAGACUCACCAUCAGGAAUGUGACCAUGUGGGCCAGACUCACCAUCAGGAACGUGACCAUGUGGGCCCGACUCACCAUCAGGAACGUGACCAUGUGGGCCCGACUCACCAUCAGGAACGUGACCAUGUGGGCCCGACUCAUCAUCAGGAACGUGACCAUGUGGGCCCGACUCACCAUCAGGAGCUUGACCAUGUGGGCCCGACUCAUCAUCAGGAACGUGACCAUGUGGGCCCGACUCACCAUCAGGAACGUGACCAUGUGGGCCAGACUCACCAUCAGGUACGUGACCAUGUGGGCCAAACUCACCAUCAGGAAUGUGACCAUGUGGGCCCGACUCACCAUCAGGAACGUGACCAUGUGGGCCCGACUCACCAUCAGGAACGUGACCAUGUGGGCCCGACUCACCAUCAGAAACGUGACCAUGUGGGCCCGACUCACCAUCAGGAACGUGACCAUGUGGGCCCGACUCACCAUCAGGAGCGUGACCAUGUGGGCCCGACUCACCAUCAGGAGCUUGACCAUGUGGGCCCUACUCACCAUCAGGAGCUUGACCAUGUGGGCCCGACUCAUCAUCAGGAACGUGACCAUGUGGGCCCGACUCACCAUCAGGAGCGUGACCAUGUGGGCCCGACUCAUCAUCAGGAACGUGACCAUGUGGGCCCGACUCACCAUCAGGAACGUGACCAUGUGGGCCCAACUCACCAUCAGGAACGUGACCAUGUGGGCCCGACUCACCAUCAGGAACGUGACCAUGUGGGCCCGACUCACCAUCAGGAACGUGACCAUGUGGGCCCGACACACCAUCAGGAACGUGACCAUGUGGGCCCGACUCACCAUCAGGAGCGUGACCAUGUGGGCCAGACUCCCCAUCAGGAACGUGACCAUGUGGGCCCGACUCACCAUCAGGAACGUGACCAUGUGGGCCCGACUCACCAUCAGGAGCGUGACAAUGUGGGCCCGACUCACCAUCAGGAACGUGACCAUGUGGGCCCGACUCAUCAUCAGGAGCUUGACCAUGUGGGCCCGACUCAUCAUCAGGAACGUGACCAUGUGGGCCCGACUCACCAUCAGGAGCGUGACCAUGUGGGCCCGACUCACCAUCAGGAGCGUGACCAUGUGGGCCCGACUCACCAUCAGGAACGUGACCAUGUGGGCCCGACUCACCAUCAGGAGCGUGACCAUGUGGGCCCGACUCAUCAUCAGGAACGUGACCAUGUGGGCCCGACUCACCAUCAGGAACGUGACCAUGUGGGCCCGACUCACCAUCAGGAGCGUGACCAUGUGGGCCCGACUCACCAUCAGGAGCUUGACCAUGUGGGCCAGACUCACCAUCAGGAGCGUGACCAUGUGGGCCCGACUCAUCAUCAGGAACGUGACCAUGUGGGCCCGACUCACCAUCAGGAGCGUGACUAUGUGGGCCCGACUCACCAUCAGGAGCGUGACCAUGUGGGCCCGACUCACCAUCAGGAACGUGACCAUGUGGGCCCGACUCACCAUCAGGAACGUGACCAUGUGGGCCCGACUCACCAUCAGGAACGUGACCAUGUGGGCGGCCUGA